AUGACAAAGAAUAACGAAAGAAAACAAUCUCGAUCGCCAGUGCGAAGAGAAUUUCAUUCGCAAAAUAAUUAUAAGAAAAAAGAAGCAAUGCCAGAAAUAACGCUCUUCUCCGCGAGUAAUUCGCCUAUUCUACACGCUCUGGCGAGUGCCAGUAAGGAAAAUAAUCCUUCUGGUUCCUCGAUAACAGUAAAUCUUAAACAAUGUGUAAGGCAUAAGCUUCAGUAUUCACAAUUGCCUAUAAGAUGUCAACGAACGAGCCCAUAUUAUAGACCCGUCCGUAGUCCCUUCAAAUUAGUCGGACUAAGUGCAAUUAAUCAUAAUAACGUUUCUUUUGUAACAAGUAAAAACUGUCCGGAUAGCAGUCAUACUAAUUCGACCUGUUCUUCACCAAUUUUACGAGCGAUCGGUCCAUCACGCUGUAAAAAAAGUUUAUCCAUGACUGAUUUAUCACCUACUGCUAUUGAUUCAGAGACAGUUGAUUUCAGAUCAGAGAGUAAUUCGUCAUUAGGACUUCGAGAAGAUCAAGGAGAACGUAACAAGGACAGCGUAGGGACUGGUAACACUCUCCUAAGAAUCGGACAUCGAACAUGGACAAAUAAUUUCUUGUCUACGAACAUCGAAGUGGAUGGAAAUUGUUUUUCGCAAAAUCCGGGAAAAGCCGCGAGUAUAGUUUGUCAUGUAUUGGUAUUGAAUGCUUGGAGACGUAGACGAGUUGAUGUCGGCCACCUUCAAGAAACUAUCGAUGAACUUACCCGGCAGAUUGACCAUCUACGUUUGCAGAUCGUUGUUCUUCGACGUUUGCUUGACACAGAAAAUGACCGUGUUAAUAGAUUAAGCAAGGAAGCUCAACGUUCUAAAACUCAGAUCGAGGAAUUAUCUCAAGAACGUGACGUUCUCAAAAAGGAAAAAGAUAAAUUGGAAGAAGAAGUUAAACGCUUAGAAGAUACUUCCGAAGAAAGAUCGGUGACAACGGAAAAUCUUAGAAACGAAUUGCUCAAUGCCCAAAAUCAACUUCAAGCAUUGGACGGACAAAUAGCAAGAGAUCGCGAAAAAUUGUUAAAAUUACGAGAGGACAAGAGGAUUCUCUUGGAUAAGAUAUCCGCAAGUGAAGCUUUAGCUACAGAACGUGGUACCAGAGCAGAUAGAGCUGAAUCUGCUAUCGAGGAUUUGCAAAUUCGAUUGGCUGCACAGAUCGCACUUGUCGAAUCUGCACAAGAACAGAAUCAACGAUAUGCUAAACAAUUAAAGGACACGGAAGAUCAACGAAUGAUAUUGGAGAAACAGUUACGAUUAAACAUAGAGGCGGGAAAAGCUUUAAGCUUGCGUACUAAUAUUCUUGAAAGUCAACUGGCCGAUAAGGAAGCUGCCUUGCAUCGUAUCGAAUCAAUAUACAAUUCGCAACUAAUGGAACUGAACGGAUUGAAGGAACGUUUGAUCAGACAAUCUCAAGAAGGAGGAUGGAGUAGUCGAGUUUUACAAAUUGCUGGAAGCGUUGUUCGUGCACCACGAGCUAUACUGCGGACUCUAUCCUUUUUAUCUAGUACUACUGUACCAUCUUAAUCGUUAUCAGGUCGAGUAUGAUUGGGGAUCACGUUGAACGUCACUGACGAUAUCAAUGUCAAUGUUAAAAAUGUUCGAAUUUAGCGAUGAGCUUUUACCUUUUGUUGAUCACGAGAUGAACUCUUGCGAAAGAAGUUAUUGCACACUACGGGGUAAACAAAAAUAGUGGGUCUCGUUUAGAAGAAAAUUUGCAAGUAAACUCCUCAGAAGAAAUAUUGUUAGAUUAUAUUUUUAUUUUUAAUAUUUAUUUAUUUUUUCUUUUUUUUUUUGGAAACAGAAAAAUUUACUCACUGUAGGAAAGAGAAUCGAUAUUUUUAUAAUCAAGGAUAUUUCUAAUAAAUAUAAUCAACAUGAUUAUUAAUUUAUAAAAAUCAUGUGGAAUAUAUAAUGAUAGGAUAGGGUUAUUUAGAAUGUAUACAAAUAAAUAAAUACUCGUUAUAUGCUUUUUAAUCUAUAUGUUUUACACUUCUUUAUUUCGCGCAUUUUGAUAAACUGAUGAAAACAAAAUAUCGUCAACCCCAACCGCUAAGAUAACGAUGUGUGAUCUGUCUGUUUACCUGAAGACGGAACUAUUAAUUAUCUAGAUUCGAGUUUGUAUUUAAUAAGUAUGAUUAUCACGUGUCAUUACGAUUUCUUGAUUAUUAUUUUUGUUCGUAGUUCUUUCUCAUGUAUGAUGAGAAUCCUGGUGUUUUUCGACAAUACAAGUUGCAAAGCAAUUAGAAGAAAGCAUAACUUGAAAUAUGCUCAGCGGCUUAUUCUAUAGUAUUUUGUUUAUAUUAAAGAAGAUUUUUUUUUGGUGUUAUUAGAGUUAAUUUGAAUGUUAAGCAACCACGUGCAAGUGUCAUUGCUCUUUGGAAACGUACGAUCACAUUUUGCAUUGCUAUGAUUUUCCUUUUUUAAGUACAAGAUAGAUUUUAAGCAUCAUCCACGACAGGUCUAAGUCAGAUUCGUAAAAUUUCUUAAUUGUUUCCUCGUUUUUUUUUUUCUUUUUUGGUAUUUAUGUGUAUGUGUAUGUAUGUGUUUUAUUUUAUUUUAUACUAAUCUUGUGAUUAAGAAUUUUCUAUUUUCGUCAUUUCACUUGACUCGUGUAGAACAGUGGAAGAUUUAUAAUUAUCACAAAAUGGGGUUUCUUUCCUUUUUUUUUUUUUUUUUUUUAUAUAUAUCCUGAGUAUGGUAUCAUGUAUUAUACAAUUCUGAACGGUAUAUAAUAUUGAGAAAUAAAUUUAUUUUUCGAAUGGGGUAAGGGAUAACAUAAUAUAUGUUAGUCUAUCUGCAACGGCACGACAAUCGUGGUCGUGAUAUUUUUUUCCAUAAGUAAAACUUCUUAUAAAACCCGAUCCACAGGUCUCGAUAGAAAGUAAUAAGUAUACUGUCGACAUUAAGAAAUUUUCUUUUUUUACCGCGAAACUCGCGUAUGUACGUACGCACUAAUUAAUGAAUGUCGUAGAGUAUACUCUGAAUGUACAAUCUAAACAUUGUCUUUUGCCUUUGGCUUUGAUUACACUGUGAUUGCUUUCGUUCGUAAUUGAGUAUAUAUAAAAUAUAAUAGUAAAGAAGGAAAAUAAUUUAUAAGAUAUGAAACGAUUAUAUACAAAUUAUACGAAAAUUUUGUAUCUAAUUUUUAAUACAAAAUUUCAUUAUAUAAAUAUAUAUACUAUAGAAUAUAAAGAAAUGAGUAAAAAAAAAAACAAGAAAACAAAAAACAAAAUCAAUAAAUGAAAAGAUUCUACAUCUUUUUCUAGUUUUUUUCCCUUUUUUUUGAAUCAAUAACAAUAAAUGCGAUACUUUUUUUUAAAGUCUACGAUAAUAUCUACAAAAAAAUACUAUGUUAAAUAUCUCAGUUUCAAUUUAUUUCCUGCAAAUAUUUGUUAAUAUUUUGCAAGUCGAAUUAUGCUGAAUCUUAUGGCUCGAG